AUGUCUAAUGUAACCAUCGUAAGAGAUUUCCUGCUUCUGGGAUUUUCAGAGCAAAGGGAACUCCAGAUCUUACACCUUGCAGUCUUCACAGCAAUGUACAUGGCAAUUCUCAUUGGAAACUUCCUCAUCAUCAUUCUGGUAGCUAGAACUACCCACCUUCAGACCCCAAUGUAUUUCUUCCUUGUCAACUUAUCAGUUGUUGACCUUGGAUCCACAACCGUCACCAUUCCCAGAUCAAUAGCUAAUGCCCUGAUGAACACAACAGGUAUUUCUUAUUCUGAAUGUGCUGCACAAAUGCUAUUGUUCCUCUUCUUCAUGUCAUCAGACAUUUUCCUCCUCGCUGUCAUGGCCUAUGACCGGUAUGUGGCCAUCUGUCACCCACUGCACUAUACCUCUGUGAUGAAGUGGGGAAGGUGUAUUCAGCUGGCUGGUGGGGCAUGGGCAGCAGGCUUCCUUAAUGCUGCUCUGCACACAGGUACCAUUUUUUCACUGCCCUUCUGCUCCAACAUCAUCACUCAGUUCUUCUGUGAAAUCCCACACCUGAUGAAGAUAUCCUGCUCUGAUCCAUACUUCAGUGAAAUGUGGGCCCUUCUCUUUAGUUCAGCCUUAGGUCUUGGCUGCUUUGUGCUCAUUGUCACAUCCUACGUGCAGAUCUUUACCGCAGUGCUGAGAAUGUCCUCCAAGGCAAGCAGGCAGAAAGCCUUCUCUACUUGCAUUCCCCACCUCACUGUUGUCUCUCUCUUACUUAGUACAGGUAUCUUCUCCUAUGUCAUGCCAACCUCCAGCCCUUCAUAUAAUCUGGAUGAAGUGCUUGCUGUGAUAUAUUCAGUGAUUCCUCCAAUGAUGAAUCCGUUAAUUUACAGCAUGAGGAAUAAGGAUGUCAAAACUGCCCUGUGGAAGCUGUUUUACCAGACACUUCCAAACAAUAAAUCAGUUCCAUAG